AUGCAAAUACUAUUCUGGCGCGCUUUAGUCAGUUGCAUCUCAAUAAUAAUAGUCUUCAUUUUCCUGGUGUUCUUUAUAAAAGUUCAAAUUUUGCAAAUAACCUCUGUCGAAUUUUUAAAUGAUUCUCCAACUCAUAUACCACCAGCAGACACAAUAAUACCUAAUUUACAAAAAGCUGCCGGUGCUGAAUCCAGCUAUAAUAACAAUAAUGAUACCAGCAUAGAUCCAACGCAAUCAACAUCAAAUAGCACGUCUCAGGGUAACAGCAAUAUUGCGAGUGUACCCGGAACAUCAGGUGUAGCAAUAAAUUCACAAAGGAAUCUCUCUGCGGAACAAUGCGUCGCAUAUGCUAAAUAUUGCCGUGAUGUAAUAUGUGCUUUUCAAGAUUUUCGUGCUGGUUGCAACAACGAUGGCAGUU